AUGGCUCGCUUCCGUCACAUGCAAGAGAUCCGUUGGACCGAGAUCGCCGCCGAAAUCCCCGAGCGUUCUGCCAAGGCCUGCCGCAAGCGCUGGGUCAACGGUCUCAACGAGCGCUUGAAGAAGGGUUCGUGGACGAACGAGGAGGACGAAAGGCUCCGAGAGGGAGUUGCGAUGCUUUCGAGCGAUUGGGCUCGCAUUGCCGAUCAUGUGGGCCAGCGCUCGGGAGACCAGUGCAGCAAGCGUUGGAGAGAGGUGCUUGACCCUGCCAUCAACAAGACGAGCUGGACUGCCGAGGAGGACCAGCUCCUCACUCAGCUGUUCCAUAAGCACGGCUCCUCAUGGCAAGUCAUUUCGACCCACUUCAACAACCGUCGCGCUCUGCAGUGCCGCAACCGCUGCUGCAAGCUGCUUGGUCUCCAUUCCUACCCCCGUACGAAGAAGUCGCCGGUUGAGAAGAAGGCCAAGAUUUCGGCGUCGCAGUCGCCGUCCUUGCACGUUUGCUCGCAGGGUGAGGUGCCGACUUCGCCCACGUACAUUGACAUGCCGAGCAGCAUGUGGCCCAGCCUGAACAUGUCGACCACUCACGAGCCCAUGUCGGGCGCGCACGCGUUUGUGCCCGAUCAGAUCUUUAGCGGAAACAUGCUUCAGAACGGCAAUGCUGGCCAGGCAUGCAUCUCUCCGAUCUCUCCGCUGUUUAACCAAGGCUGCAACCAGCAGGCCCAGGAGGACAAUAUGUUGGAGAAUGGAAGCUCGCAGGGUCUGACUUCGCUGGACUCGUGGAACAAGGUUCAAGGAUUCUCAUCGCUCCAGCGCAAGGACCCUCCUGCUGCUCUCAACCUCAAUGACCCGAUCACUCAAUCUGUGGGCGCUAACGACCAAUUUUAUUCACCGUUCUUCGCCUCUCCUUCGUUGUGUUCGAGCAUCAGCACGUCGCCUACGACUCCGUCGGGAACUGAUACCCUUGCUUUGCAAAGCACAUCGAACCCGUCGACGAUGCUGCCCUCGCCGAUGGUGCAGCACCAGAUGCCGACUCCGAUGAACGACCGCUUCAGCUACGCUGCUCCGGCAUCCGUGAUGCCGGCUGAGAAGAAUAUGAAUGCUAUGAACUGGAACAUGUAUUGCGACAAGCUUGUAUCGCUGCAAACGCCCCAAAAUCCGGCCGGCCAUGAUGGAAUGUUUUCUUCGAUAAUGAACAAUGCGACGUCCACGAACCCCAUGGUCUGGCUGCCAGACAUGCAGUUCUAA